AUGUUGCAAACCGAGCGAACAAGCGCGGCCGCCGCGCGCGCGAACACGCCGCUCCACCUCCUCUUCGUGCCAUUCCUCGCGCGGAGCCACUUCGCCCCCCUCGCGGCCAAGGCCGCCGCCGCCGCCUGUGGAGGAUACGGCACCACCACCAUGACCACCACGGCCGCGAUCCUAACCACGCCCCACUUUGCGGCCCUCGCGCCGCCCGCCGUGCCAGUGCACGUGGCGCCGUUCCGCUCCCCGGACGGGCACGAGGAUUUCUCCCUCCUCCCGGACGAGGCCUCCUCCGCGCAAGCCUUUUUCGCCGCCGCGGAGGCCGCCCUAGCACCAGCGGUCUCCGCGGUCCUCCGCUCCCACGAUGGUGCCGUGGCAGUCGUCUCGGACGCCGUGCUCUACUGGGUCCCGCGCGUCGCCCGCGAGUGCGGCGUGCCGCACGUUACGUUCCACACCAUCGGCGCCUUCGCCGCGGCCACCAUGCUCGCGGUCCACCUCCACCGCCCCCAGGUGUUCCAGGAACCGUUCGGCGUGCCCGGCGGCUUCCCGCACCCCGUGAGGCUCCACAGGGUGCAGGUCAACGAGGAGGCUCUGGCGCACCUCCCUCUCUUCCGCGCCGCCGAGGCCGAGAGCUGCGCCGUCGUCUUCAACAGUUUCUCGGCUCUCGAGGCCGACUUCGCGGAGUACUACCAAAGCCAGCUCUGCGGGCGUCCCAAGAAGGUGUUCCUCGUCGGCCCCACGCGCGCUGCCGUCUCUCCACGCGCCGUCGGGGGCGGCGUGGAGCGGGACCCCAUCCUGCAGUGGCUCGACGGCCGCCCGGCGGGGUCGGUGGUGUACGUGUGCUUCGGGAGCACGUGCGGGUUGGGCUCGAGCCAGCUCCGCGAGCUGGCCACCGGCCUGCGCGCGUCCGGCCGGCCGUUCCUGUGGGUGAUCCCGAAGCCGGCGGAGGGCAGCACGGAGGAGCGCGCUUCCAGCCACGGCAUGGUGGUGGCCGGGCGGUGGGCGCCGCAGGCGGAGAUCCUCGCGCACCGCGCGGUGGGCGGGUUCGUGACCCACUGCGGCUGGAACUCGGUCCUUGAGGCCGUGUGGGCCGACGUGCCCCUCGCGACGUGGCCACUCCGCGCCGAGCAGUUUCUGAACGAGGCGUUCCUCGUGGAGUUGCUCCGCGUGGGCGUGCGGGUGCGGGAGGUGGCGCGGGAGGCGAACCUGGAGGAGGUGGUGCCGGCCGACGCGGUGGCGCGCGCCGUGGGGAGGCUCAUGGAUGACGGCGAGGACGAGGCGGCCCUUGGGUGGAGGGCCAGGGCCAGGGAGCUCGGCGCCGCGGCGCGCGCGGCCGUGGACGUGGGCGGGUCGUCUUGCAGUGACUGGGCACGGCUGGUAGAUGAGCUCAAGGCGUUAUACGAUCACAAAAGUGAUUAG